AUGUUGCACGCGAGGCAUUUGCUCAGAUUGGCGCCGCGUAGAAUAGGGCUUGUUGCCGCCGCUGUGCCGCGUCAGAUUCGCUUGCUAUCGUCGCAUAUCCGAAUGAGCCCUCAAAUCGACCGCUCGCUGCACGUGCUGCCCAACGACACGCCGGUCGUGCUGCUCGACUGCCGCGACUCGUUCGCCUCGCUCAGCGACCAGGAGAAGCUGUACGCCCACCACAUCGCCAGGGCAUCGUUCGAGGGCUCGCUCGCCGUGUAUCUGCAGGUGUCCCCCGAGGCGGCCGGCAUCUUCGUGGUGUUGUACCGACUGUUCGCCGGCGAGCCGUUGUCCGCCCUCAAGGAGAAGGCUCUGGCAAACGGAUGGUCGGCAGAAGAGUGGCAGUCGUUCCUCGUCUACGCCGCCGGGCUGCACAACAAUUCCGGCAACUACAAGGGCUUCGGCGACAGCAAAUUCGUGCCCGGCGUCGACGUGGAGAAGCUGAACAAGCUGAUCGACGCCUCGGCCGCCGCCACCAUUUACCCGGGUCUGCGCGACGUCUGGAAGGCCGUCGGGCCGCUGAUCUGCUCCCUCGAGCCCAGCCAGCUGCAGCUCGGAUUCGCCCCAGGGGGCGUCACCACGUACCACAGCGAGAACAUCACCAAGCACGACGCCGACCUCGUCGACCGCUGCCUGAAGGCGCGCAACUUUGAGACGUGGAACACUCGCCUUUUUAAGGACAGCCAGCAGCGUGACGGGAAAACGGUGUACCGGGUCGUCGUCGCCAGCGCCGAAACUGAUGGCAAUGGGUUGGAGGAGGUCGAGUUCGAGGGGGCCAUCGUCAAAUUCGAGCGCGGCGACUACUCACAAGUGAUGGCCCGCAUCGUGCCCCAUCUCAAAAAGGCGAGCGAAGCGGCGGCCAACGACACGCAACGCCAGAUGUUGGCCAAGUACGUGGCGCAUUUUACCCGCGGAGCCCUCGACGAUCACAAGGACGGUUCCCGCCAAUGGAUCAAAGACGUCAACCCGGCCGUCGAGUCGUACAUCGGCUUCAUCGAGAACUACCGUGACCCGGCCGGCACUCGCUCCGAAUUCGAGGGAUUCGUCGCCGCCGUCAACAAGGAGACGUCCAAGAAGUUCAAGGCGCUCGUCGACCAGGCCGAAAAGAUUCUCGAGCGGAUGCCCUGGGGAAAGGCCUACGAGAAGGAUCGUUUCCUCCGCCCCGAUUUCACGGGUCUCGACGUGAUCGCCUUCGGCUCUAGCGGCAUCCCCGCCGGCAUCAACAUCCCCAAUUAUGACGACAUCCGCCAGGACGAGGGCUUCAAGAAUGUCUCUCUCGGCAACGUCAUCUCGGCCACGCCCAAGCAGAAGAUGAACUUUCUUGAUGAAGGGGAUGAGGAUCUGAUGUUCAAGUAUCACAAGGACUCUUUCGAGGUCCAGGUCGGCCUCCACGAACUUCUUGGCCAUGGCAGCGGCAAGCUCUUCCAACGCAAGCCCGACGGCUCCUUCAACUUUGACACGUCAGCUACCGUCAGCGUGCUCGACGGCGCCAAGAUCUCUACGUGGUACGAGCCGGGCGAGACGUGGGGCAGCAAAUUCGGCGCGCUUUCCGGCGCCUACGAGGAAUGCCGUGCGGAAGCUGUCGGCUAUGUCCUCUGCUGCGACGAGGACAUCCUCAAAAUCUUCGGCUACGAGGGCGAACUCGGGCAGCAGGUGAAAUAUGUGAACUGGCUGUCCGAAAUUCGGGCCGGGCUGAUGGCCCUGGAAUUCUACAAUGCGGAUCAGAAGAAAUGGGGACAGGCACACUGCCACGCCCGCUACGUGCUGACGCAAGUCUGCCUCGAGGCCGGCCAGGGAUUCGUCGUCAUCGAGUCGAUUACUGGACCGGACGGGAAGCCCGACCUCAAGUUCAAGCUGGACCGCACGAAGAUCGACAGCGUCGGCAAGCCGGCCGUCCGCGAAUUCCUCAAAAAAUUGCAGCACUACAAAUCGACGGCCGACUUCGCGGGGGGCAAGGCGCUGUUCGACCACUACGGCAAGAUUGGGGACGUCGAGUUGGCGUGGAGGGAUGUGUGCAUCGCCCGCCGGAAGCCACGCCGCCAAUUUGUCCAGCCGAACACCAUCCUGGGCCCCGACGGAAAGGUGUCCCUGAAGAGCUACGCGGAGACGGUGGAGGGCGUCGUCGAGUCGUUCGUCGAUCGCUACUCGAUUGAUGCCAUCGAAGAUCUGGAGAAAUGCUGGUCCGCCCAGAAGAAAUGGUGGCCAAACGCCUUCGCCAAU